AUGUCUUCUUUUCACGAAAAUGGGGAUCCGCCCCCUUCGGCGACUUCAACACCACGUCCAUCUCAGCCAGCUUUGCUCUCUGGUCGUCGGGAUUUUUACAAAAUUGUCGAGCGAAUUGAAUCGAUAAUUGGAGAGGCUCAGGCCAUCGAAAACGAGAUCGAAAAUGCGACUCCGCCCCCAAGCUCCGCCCAUUUCACGGAAGCCUUGGUUGCUUACGAAGGUCUGGCUGGAAAUUUUCAGAAUUGUCUGGAAAGAAUCGAUUUGAUGAAGAGAAUGGACGUUUUGAGAGGGUUAGACAUCAAAGGAGAGCUCGAGAGUUUCGGAAUCUACGUGGAUGCUCAGUUGGAGAAAUUUUCCAGAAUUUCAGAAUUUUUGAAAAAUUCUGGAAAUCCAAAAACUUCUGAAAAUGUCGUGGACGCUGUGAAAAAACUCCAGAAAGACGUAGAAGACGUCAAGAAUCAGAUGAAAAGACAUAUUGAGGAAUAUCGAGAAGAUACAAGAAAAAUCAUGUUACUAUUGGAGUAUUUGGGAGCUGGAAAUGCUGAAAUAUCAAGAACUGGAUUCCGGAGACGUGGGUCUCCGUCCCCAAAGGAUUACUGUAGAUAUGGAACAAGCCGUGGGGAUGCACAACAAAUGACAGCGUCCACCCUUGCUGCUCACAUUUCUGAUGAAACUUCAAGAUUUGGGGAAACUUCUGGAAACGGUGGACCACCCAACCAGGGAUCAUGGGGACCCCAAGACUCCUCUAGAAGACGUCCAGAUGACGUUGAACCUAACCAACCCACUGUUGCUGUUCCUGUCCAAAACCUCCGCAUAGUGCCAAAAGUUAAAGGGCGCAUUCGUUAUUGUUCAUUUGUGGUUCAUGUGGACCCUAAUUUUAAAGGAAAAAAAGGACGAAGUUACGGUUUGGCUUGGUCCCAACUUGGAAAUUUAUACUUCCCGGACACACCAUGUGACAAAAUGGGGAGACAAGUGAAACCGGGAGAUUGGGUGGCUCUGGAUGUGCGCGAACAAGUAUCAAAAAGAGGUCGACGACAUCGUGAUGUCAGAAUAUAUGACGAAAUUUUGGAUUCAGGAGAAACCCGUGUGGAAUGGGGAGAUGAUAUCAGGAAUCCAAAGCUAAUUACAACAAUCUUCAUUUCCUCACGAUCCCCUGUAGAGAUGGAGAACUACUUUUGCAAACAUAUCCAUUGUAAAUGGGUUCGAGUCAACGCGGAAAUCGUUAAAGGAAAAGGAGACAAAGUCAACGAAGACACUUACUUGGACACUGAUUUCCCACCAACAACGAAAUCAUUGGGAAAAUGGAUCGAUUAUCAUACUGGCAAAGUCGUAAAACUCCCCGGAAUGUGCUGGCUGCCUGUACAAUUUCUUAAAGAGGUUCAAUACAGAAGGUGUCAUCCGGUUUUACUUUCCCAUAUGGACAAAUGGUGUUUAUGGAAAGAUCCAUGGCCAUUUCAUGUUUGUCAAGGAGUUGUGGGUGAUUGUUGGUUGUUGGGCCCACUGAUGACAAUUUGUAGAAGAAGAGAGUUGAUGGAACAGAUUAUACCAAGAAAUGAGUAUGCGAUGGAGCAAGGAUUGGUACAGGUUAGACUGCUCAUCGAUGGUCAAUGGCAAGUGUUUCGUUUGGAUUCCUAUAUUCCAAAUAUUGAUGGAGUUGAGCAAUGUGUGAUGAUGACCAGAAAACAGGCAUGGGCGGGUUUUAUUGAAAAAGCGUUCGCCAAGAAGAGAGGAUCUUAUGGGGCUCUAAAUGGAGGAUGCGCAAAUCAUACGUUCCAUUGUUUGACAGUUUGGGUGCGUGAUAAAAUGAAUGAGGAUCAGCUUUGGGAAGAUAUGAUGAAGUAUUUCUCCGCCGGCUUUCUGAUGACUGCAUCGGCGUACCCAUUGAAAGAAGGAACAGAAAAAUGGGAAUUCUUCAAAACAAACAAUAUGGUCCAUAGUCAUGCAUACGCGGUUCUCGAUUUCAAACAAUAUGAUGAUCAUCGAUUGAUCAAAUUUGGAAAUAACAAUAUAAAACCAUGGAAAGGAAAUUUUGCAUCGAUGAAAAGUUAUGAAUUCGAAGAAGAAAAUUUUGAAAACUUGGCAUUUAUUGACUUGUACCUGUCGGAUCUGAAGAUAUUCUGGAUGGAAUUAAAGGAUUUUUGUCGAAUUUUCGAUCAACUCUCUGUUUGCCACUAUCGAGAGGGAUGGCAUGAGAAACGGUUGAGACAGAGAGUGAAUCGAAAAAAUGGACAGGCUUUUCAAAUCAUUCGCGUUGAUGUAAAAGAAACGUGUGAAAUGGCAAUAGAAGUGUUUGCUCAAAGAUGCACUUGGCGAAAUACAAAUAUCUUUCUCAACCUUCAUCGCUGCUGUCCAGACAGCCAGGAGGCUUCAGAGCUUAUGUAUGCGGCACACGAUUUCGAGCAACAAAUCACUUUUGACGAAUCUUUAGAAUUACAACCAGGAUCUUAUUUUGUGAUCGUUGUAUUUGUAGAAUCCAUGAAUAAAUUGGAUUUGGAUUGGGUUUUUAGAAGCUCAAAAUCGCUGGAAAGCUUCUCGCUGAGCUUCCAUAUUUGCCCCUUCUCGACAGUUCUGAAAAGUGUGCAAUCGAUUUUUCUGAUCUACGGAAAAGUAGAUCAUAGAGUUGAGGGUCAAGUCAUUGUGUACACUUGGCACGGAGAGAAGAGCAAGUUUGUGAUGGUGGACAAUUUGAGAGCAGAGGAUUACUGUAGAUUCAGUGGAACCAUCGACCCGGAUUAUACAAGAAAAGUUCAAAAAUUCAUGUUUUACAAUUACUCACAAGUGGUGCCGCCCAAAUCUCGAAUGAUCGUUGGAUAUACUUCGUAUUGUCCAGAAGUGGGGCAUUGGGAAGGUAAAAUAAUUAUCAAGACAAAUCCAAUUGUUUUCAGUAUUCGAUCGGUAACCGUUAUCUCAAAUGGCUCGACUGGCUGUAUUAUUGGAUAUGUCUGUCGGAAAUCGAGUACUGUACCAAACUUUAGGCAGAUUUGA